CUAUUAUUUAUUUAGUUUCCGUAUUUCUUUGUUGUUAUGUUGAAUGUAUUCCUAGUAGAUAACGUCACCAAUCGUAAAAUGCAAUUGUUAUAAUAUCCUUUGUGUCAAAUAAAAGUCAUGUUUAGUCUAGCUUUUGGUUUUGAAUAGAUACGAGUUAAACCCAAAGAUUAGCCACAUUUCUUUCGUGAAGUAUUGACUUAUGCGUUGGUUUUAGCCAACAUUAAUUGUUAUCUUAUCUCUUUUGUUUGUUCAGGUUCAGAUUACCCUAGUACUUAGUACUUAUUACUGCCACAGGCGCUUGAUCAGUCUUUCACUUCAUUAGUUUACAACAGUCUGUAACCUAUAUUCUUGUGUUGUGAGUUGGUGAGGGGGUUCAUAUUUUACAACUCAUCAAAUUAUGGCUUUAAAUAGGCAUUGGUCUCUGUUAUUUCGCCAGAGAAAAAAGUCCAUAUUAUGAUAAAGUUUUGCUAGUUUUCUUUCAUUAAUCAGUUGUGUUUUUAGAUUGUUAGAUUUCAGUACUAAAGUUUGUUUUUAACAGUAUGGCUUCUCCAAAUAGUUUAGAUGUACCUAUUGGUAUCAAAAUUAUUCAGAAAUCAACAUUCUUCUGCCCUAGAAAGACUUUUAAUAGAAAUGCUUGGUACCGAAGCUCUGUGGUGGUGCUCACAUUUCUUACGUACAUGUGUUACCACAUGAACCGCAAACCUGUCAGUGUAGUCAAGAGUGUACUCCAUCGUAACUGUUCGGCUGUCGAUCCCAACACUCCUCACAAUACUGAUAAUUGGUGUGACUGGGCUCCUUUUGAUCAAGAUGAUGCUUCAACGUUGCUUGGCCUGUUUGACUCUUCAUUUCUGUUUGCCUAUGCUGCUGCUAUGUUCGUUAGUGGACUGGUUGCUGAGCGAGUUAGCCUACGAUACUUCUUGGCUCUGGGUAUGAUACUGUCAGGGAUAGCAGGUUAUAUGCUGGGAAUAGCCAAGUACUAUAGCAUUCACUCAAUUCCGUACUUCAUGCUGGUUCAGAUCUUUGGUGGGAUUGUCCAAACAACGGGAUGGCCAGGUGUGGUUGCUGUCAUGGGUAACUGGUUCGGCAAGGGCAAGAGAGGUUUUAUCUUUGGCGUGUGGAACUCACACACUUCAAUUGGAAAUAUCCUGGGGACAGUUAUUGCGGGCUACUACGUUGAGUCGGACUGGGCCCUGUCAUUCAUCGUACCAGGGGUCAUCAUCGCUCUCAUGGGGUUCAUCAACUUCCUGUUCUUGGUGCCAGAUCCCAUGGAUGUCGGGUGCGUGGUGCCCCAGCAAAACCGACCAGAGAUCAAAGACAAGAGUAACCUAGUCCAGAUGGAUCGGAUGGGAGACAGUACCACUUCUAUGUCGUCCAUGCGAGGAUCCAAGUACGUCCGCAAACGCAGUUCCAUCAAGUUCAAAACUAAGUCGAAACAGAGCCGAACUUUGUCCAAGCCCAUCCGGCAGAUUUUGAAAUCAGUAAAGAACACAGUUGACGUUCACAAGAACGGUGACUUGUCUAGACUGCACUCUGAAGGUAGACCCAUUCUUCCAACUGAUAAUGAAGCAAAACCUGUCGGGUUUUUUGGAGCACUUAAAAUUCCUGGAGUAGUGGAGUUCUCUUUAUGCCUGUUCUUCGCUAAGUUGGUGAGCUACACAUUCCUCUAUUGGUUGCCGCAGUACAUCAAGACCUCAACUUCACUCGGACCAGCAGAAAGUGCAGAUCUGUCGACGGUGUUUGAUGUUGGUGGCAUUGUCGGUGGCAUUGCAGCAGGUAUCAUCAGUGACUACAGCGGCAAGAGUGCUUCCACCUGUGCAGUCAUGCUUGUUGUGGCUGUCCCUGUGCUGCAGAUAUACAACUUGUAUGGAGCACAUAGUUUGGCACUCAACUUUGGCUUGUUGCUGGUGGCCGGGCUGUUGGUCAACGGUCCAUACGCUCUCAUCACCACAGCUGUCUCAGCAGAGCUGGGCACUCAUCAUUCUCUGCAGGGAAACUCCAAAGCACUAGCCACUGUUACAGCCAUCAUAGAUGGCACAGGCUCUAUAGGUGCGGCAGUUGGACCCUUGCUGGCCGGAGUUGUCUCCCAGUGGGGCUGGAAUAAGGUGUUCUACAUGCUGAUGGCUUCUGACGUUCUUGCCCUGGUGCUUCUGGUGCGGUUGGUGAAGAGAGAAAUUAGGCCACCGCCAAGCCAUGCAGACACCUGGCAAGUUUGAUGAUUGCCCGUUCACUGUGCUGACUUUUAUCUAUUAACUGAACAUUUCAACAUGUUCUGACUUUGAAGACAACACUAUACAUAGUCAGACUACGGAUGCACAAAUAUUUAAUGUCGUUAUUUAUUUUCCUUCAUGCAUACAACAACAAACAUUACCUACUUAAUGGCAUUAAUACUUGUCUCCUUAAGUAACCAUUUGCAUUUUAAUAUAAUUGUGAUAAGAAAUUCAGAAAUUAUUAUUAUUUUAAAUUCAGUUUUAAUUCUCUAAUUGUGAAUAAUUCAUUUUAAAAUGUGAUAGUAAUUCAUAAGAAGUAAACAAGUAAUAGUUUCAAGAUUGAAUUUGACUAUUUUAAGUUGGGGGUAGUGAUUAAAGUCACAUCUCAGUUUAAAUGGCACCCACUAUCUUUCACUAUUAACUUCUUCAUUACUGGUUUAUUGAUAUAAAACACUGACACAUCAUUGCAGAGUUGGAUACCUAAAAUUAAUGGUAGUUAGCAUUUUUCAAGUAAAAAUAAAAUCCAAUGAUAAUAAUAAAAUGAUAACAUUUACUUUUAAACAUAAUCAAAACUAUAAAUAAAAUCGUUUUAAGCACUAGUGAAACCAUUAUAUUAUGACGUAAUGAGAAGAAACACUUUUAUGAAAUCAGCAUGUGAUAGUUUUGUGGUAGUUAAAAUACAAUUUGUCCAGGAACAGCACCAGCACCAAUCAAAAAGAGCAUAGUUUGUGAUUGUAUUCAUUCAGCUCACUUGUUAUUCACAUAUCUGACAGCAAAUUCCAUGUAUUUUCUGAUACAACCGUGAGGCGCGGGAACAUGAAAUGGAUACAAACGUGUACAACAGUUGCGAAGUUAAAACGUCAUAAGAAAAUAACACCAGUUUUAAAUAAAAGUUUUAAUUAAAACGUUAAAAAGUCUAUGAAAGUGAGGUGUUUUAUAGCUAGAGCAAGUAUGAGUAAAGUUUUAAAAAUUUAAUAUUUUUAUUCCAACCAGCAAACGUAGUUUCAAUCAAGGAUCAUAUUUAAUCUGUCUUUCAUUAUCCUUAUUUUAUACGCUGUAAUAUUUAUUAUGCUUUUUGUAAGUCAUACCACAUUUUUGCCAUAAAAUUGCCAAGUCGUGUUAAAAAUAAUAAAUAGAUUUUAUAUUUUUAUAAUGUUAUACUGAAUUAUUUUUUACUUGUUAUUUAUACUGCAGUAGGUGUUAGCCUCCAGGCGAGUCUGGCAAGUUACAGAGUUAUUUUAUCAGUUGUUAACAGUUUUGGACACUCUUGUUACCAAUAGUAUAUUUUUAUGUUAACUUAUCUAUUUAUGUGUACCACUUUUAGUCAUAUUUCCAAUGUUUUCUGUAACCAAGCAAUCGAAUAAAUGCUAAUAACAGUAA